CAGCUUACGUUAAGAACACAGUACACAGACCAUCCCGCUGUGUGUGGCUGAUUGUUUCUGGCCAUGUCUUCUCACCAGACUUUCAGAAUCAAGCAAUUCCUGGCCAAGAAACAAAAGCAGAACCGUCCCAUUCCCCAGUGGAUUCAGGUGAAAAGCAGUAAUGAAAUCAGGUCCAACUCCAAGAAGCGGCGAUGGAGAAGAACCAGACUGGCCCGGACCGCCACGGCCCUCCUCGCCGCACCCGAGCCCGACGUAGCCACGCCCACCACCGCCCCCGCGGCAGCCCAGACCACGUAG